CUUCCCAAAAUUUGUGCGGGUGUUUUUGGGAUAAAACCUAAACCGUAUAAAAAUUUUUAUAAUUUUGCUUGGCGUUAUUUCUGUUUCCACUAGAGCCUCCUUAAUUAAAGAGUCGAAUCAACAGUCGAAUGAAGUUUUGUUAAAAUCCACCAUUGAAUAAAUGGAACUACCUUAACAAAAAGAUGUGCCAAUUGCGGCUGAAAAAGGAGGAAAAUAGGAAAGGGGACACGUGAAUCGGGAAAUCAUGCCGAUCCGGCAAGCCACCGUCGGUCGAUAUAGAAACAGCAAGGAGUAAGAGUAACAGUAACUGGCGCACGUCGUGGCACGCGAUCUUUUAGGGUCGGUCGAGAUGUUAAGAUACUGGUGAGGCCGGUCACGAAACCACCCCUCUCUUUUCUCUGUCGUGGUUCCCUUUGUUUCUUUCGCGCACUGCCGAAUCUGACAGAAUCGGUCAGCCGUUUGAAUAUUCCAGGAAUUUUCCAUAAAUUUUCCACGCUUUGAAGCACAAUAUCCGUUCACGUGGAAUGCCAUUUAGGCUGACCGAGUACCUCCCCUUUUGAAACGCGUGCAAAGACGUUGUGUACGUUUCAGGAACAUUCUUUUUUCCACUUAUCGAAUAACUGAAAAGAGACAUUUGUUAAAGUGAAGUUUAGAUAACAUAAGGAGACCUGAUACUUGAAUUAAAAUUCUUUUGGAACGAAUUACUCGUUGAUGAAGUGGAGCGAAAUUAGUUUGCAUACUCCGGGGCUCUAGUUGAACCUAACAACAGAAGCUAAUUUAGUCUAACUUGAACUACAUGCCAGAGAUAUGAUCCAGAAGCUUUUCAAAAGGCAUUUAUCGAAUUCUUCACUUGAACUUAGCUUUCCAAUCUACCCACCUGACUAUCCCAAAAUUCAGAGACCUGUUACACGACUCCCAAUACAAAAUAAUACUUUGUAUGUACUUUGUUUGCUUCUGUAUGACUCUGAAUAAUUUACUGAAUUCCUAGCCUUAAAGACACUAUUUUUCAACUAAAUUCAAACAUAUCUCACAUAGAACUAUUAGGUCUACCGAAAAGUUCUGUCCGUUCCAGUUACAACAAGUUUUUGACAAGUAUGCGCAUAUCCAUUAAAAACGACAUACAGAUUGCAAUCAUGCAGGCACGAAUCUUUUGGCCAACCUUUCUUACUCCUGACAAAUAGAUCAUCAUGCUGGCAAGAUGUCAUAAAUAACGAUAAAAUUAUAUCGUUCGAUAAAAUUUCUUCAAGGUAGGAGAAAUUUAUCAUUUUGUGUUAUUCUAAAAACGGACAGAACUUUCCGGUAGACCCAAUAAAUUGAAUAAUGCAAGAAACAAUAUAAUUCAUAUAUUGCCUGUAAGCACUACUUCAAAUGCAGAGAUGCACCUGGAUGGUUCCAACCAGAUGUGUCAUUGACACUAAACCUACCAACGUUACGUUUCUAUUAUAUUUCUACAGUGAUCAAGUAACUGACUCAUCAAGACAUUUUUUUCAAUUAAAUGCAAACAUAUCGCAUGAAACAACUGCAUAUAAUUCAAUGUACAAUAUGUUGCAUAUAAGAACCUUGUACAAAAGUUUGAAAAGCCUCAUAUAACCAAUCGUGGUAGGUUUAGCGUUACGUUUCCUAUCGAACUAUUUAAUCGCGAGCAAAAUCUAUCCCCGGUGUCUCCAGGAGCCUGUGACACGGUCGUCGAGCAAAACUAAUAGCCUCGAACUAUUUGUCAGGUGUAAGAAACGUUGGCCAAAAGAUUCGUGCCGGCUGGAAUCGCGAUAAGCCCCUAAUGAAUUGUUGUGGCGGGUGUGUAUUCCGCGAUUGCUAUUUUCGGACGGCUCCAGACGCCAUCGGGGCCGAUAACGAAGACCACCCCGAGCUUCCUGUUAGCGCGGGCCUACUGUUCUCGUUAUCGCGUCAUCGAAAGCAUCCCACCGUGCAACGGCCUGAAUUUCUUCGACCUUGGCACGCUUCAAAAAAGCAGACCUGAGGACAUCGAAGAAAUUGGCGGAAUCAAUUAUUCAGGCGUUAGAAAAGGGGUGCUCGUGGCGCGUGCCUUUCGGCUAGGCAUGAUUCAUAAAAGUUUCAGCUUCGCCAGAAUGGAAGCGUUAGACUCACCGUGGAUCACAAUUGGGCCAUCACGUGCUUGAAUAGAAGACAAAUGAAAGGCCAAAUAAAAGGAGAUUCAAAAGGCUGUCAUCCGGGGGUGAAGGGUCUACAUUAUCGUUCUUUGAACAAGUGUUAUUUAGCAGUGAUGAUUUCCAUGAUAAACGCUAGGUGUAAUUAUUAUUCGAUAGUAGAGUUAUUAUUUACAACUUCCUUUGGCAUUUAUUUCUCAUGAAACCUUCCCUCGAUUAUUCAGUAUUUAGUUGUGGCAGGGAAAUUGGAAUACUCCAAACGAUUAACAGUAUCCACAUCUCCUAUGUCCAAGAAGAUGGACUCAAACGAGAACACGAUUCGUAACGCCUUACCAUUGCCUCAUUUUUCGUUCAGGCUCCUAAACAAUAGUUUCGAGGCUUUCAAGGAUUUCUGACCGAGAAUAACGCUCGAAAUGUCUAGAGAUUGUCGUGACGCGAUCAAACCUCAGAGGACUCAUCGCCAACGAAGGAUAACGCUAUGCAAAUUCUGUCACGAUCGAUUCACCGGUUCAACCGGAACCGGAUAGCCGCGAGCACGCACGCGGUCUCGACGAUCUUCGGAAUUCGCGAAUACAGACUCAUUUAGGCUGAAUGCGAGUCCAUUAAUUCCUUGAAUGCCAGUCAGGGUUGCUUCUUCGGUGACGAAUUUACUCCCGGCCCAUCUCACGGCCAAACUGCCAGCAAUUGGUUCCUUCUUCUACUGCUUCUCAAUCACACUUCUAAAAUAAACGAUUAAACAACUUGUAACGCUUCGGCUGGGGGCUGUGAUUUCUAUUCUACACAAAUUUUUUUUAGUAAAAUUUAAUAGAUUUACAAUUUAACGUGUACACUUUUGGGCGAUGGUCAAACAUUUUACGAAAUUAGGUGCCGGAAAACUUCUCACAGCUUCUUUAUUUUCCAGUCAGCCACUCUGUAACGCUGUUAUCACAAUUUAAAAUGUAAAUUGCUGUUUACCCGAACCUAAAUGUACAACUAUUUAUGUUUUGUACAGGAAACCGACCGGAUGACGGAUGGGCGGUGAUGGUAUGGUUUCACGGAGGUGACUUCAACACUGGCACGCCAGCCAUUUGGGAUGCGUCAAUUUUUGUCAACAAACAAAAAGUGAUAGUCGUGACGGUGGCGUAUCGCCUGAACAUCCUGGGCUUCUUCACCACGACAGACUCCGAGGCGCCAGGGAAUUACGGUAUGUUCGACCAGAUCGCUGCUCUGGACUGGAUUCAGAGAAAGAUCCAGUACUUCAACGGAUCCCCGUCCAACGUGGUGAUCUACGGUCACAGUUCGGGAGCCAUCAGCGUAGGUCUGCACCUGAUCAGUCCCCUGAGCAAAGGCAAGUUCUCCAAGGCGAUCGCCAUGAGCGGCGACGCUGUGAGCUCCGUGGGCUCUCCUCGCACGGAGCUGCCCGUGGUGGACAUAAUCGCUGAGAAAUUCGGUUGUUAUCGACGGCCCACGUCUGCCCUGAUGGAGUGUCUGCGUCGCGUGGACGUGAACAUCCUGGUACGCUUGUCUUCGGACAUAGAGACUUGGGGUCCGAUAGUGGACGUCGAGAUCAACAACGCCACGGAUCCGUUCCUCCCCAUGCACCCCAGAGAAGCGUUAGAGGGUGGUAGCUUGAACAGCGUCCCGUUGAUCGUGGGGUACACCAAUAACGAGCAGGCCCUGGCCUACAUGGAAUCCUUGGGCAAAGGGAACGCCAACGGCAUGCUGUCGUCCAGUAAAUUCGAGAUGCUGAUCACCGACGACUUCGUUUCCAUGGUCCAGAGCCCCGACGACAACAGUACUUGCGAAAUGAAGCCGGAGAUGGUCGCUGACGCGGUGUUGUUCUUCUAUAAACCACAUCCUCCUAGCAAGGACGAAGGUGUUCUUCGGGACAGAUACCUAGACUUGCAAACCGAGAAGAACUUCGCUGCCGGGUUGACUCUGUUGGCUGGCAAGGUGGCCAAGGAAAAGAUGGCUUUCGUUUACAGGUUCGACUAUCGUCCCAAGACCCCGUCCGUCACCAAGAACGUGCCCGAAUGGGCAGGCGUGCCCCACAUGUUCGAGCUUCCUUUCGUCUGGGGACUCCCCCUUGCUCCUGGCAGUUCUAUCCAGUGGCAGUUCAGCGACAAGAAGAUGUGCGAGGUGAUGAUGAUCAUGCUGGCCAACUUCGCCAAAACUGGGAAUCCUUCUCCCAAUAACAUCAAGUGGGAGCCGUACACGGAAGAGGAGCCUGGAAUCCUGAUCAUAGACAAGAACGUCGACAUGGGCGACGCUAACGCUGUCGACUACAUGGCGCUCGCUUUUUGGAACGAAUACUAUCCCAUGGUUCUCGAGGAAGCGACGAACAAUUGCUGCAACAUGACCAGCCGCUCUACUACGUGGAGGGAAGCCUCUCGCAGCAUUGUUCUGGGCAGUCUUGUCGUAGCUGUGACGUUACAGUGCCUUUAACCGCAGUCGAUGUUGGAGAUUGUCUUUUUGGUGUGCUCAACGAGGCCUCUUUUGCGCAAACGUUGAACAAACGAUGCAAAUUUCGAUAUUUUGGUAUACAAACGAAUGGGUCCUAUCAUGUACGACGCCGAGUAUCGAGAGCCUCAGUCCGCCAGAUUUAUUUUGACUCCUCGUUCAAAAUCGACAAACAGAAAUCGUUGAUGUUUAGAUAGACAUACGCGUCCAUCGAGGCGGAUUUCGUCGAUUUUGAAGUUGGAACAGGUUAGCUACGUAAUAAUUUGAAUGUUGCUUCGACCGUUUUGAUAUCUGGCUUUGUAUGUGUUAGAAUCGCAGAUGAAUACUGUACAAAGUGGAUUCACGUCGACGCGUGCAUAAAAGAGGCCCAAACAUACAACGAAAACAUGGACGCAUCGGCAUCGCUUAGCGAUCUAUAAAAAUAAAAUGAUAAAUUAGUCGCAGAGACAACUGAAACGCUCAAAAUAUUACAGAGGAUGUAGAUUUUGUUCCACAAGCGAGGAACCAGGUGGUUUAAGUUCAGGAAAUUUUUAUCCCGGUAUUAUUGUAGCGAAUAAAAAGAUCGAGUACCAUGUAAUUUGAUUUUCCCGCUCGUCGUAGGUCGAUGUAAUUGGUGUAUAAAGGUGUUAAGCGGUCGUUUUUAUAUAGUCGUUUUCUUUCUACGAUAAACAGAAUAACAAAAAAUAAAUGUAUAAAAACUGCUUGUGAAAUCAAAGAAAUUGUUGUAAUUCGUUGUUCCUGCAAUUAUAGUAGCAACUUCCAUGGCGAGUAGUUAGAACCAGAACUAAUAGUGUGUCGAUACUGUUCCGAAUGUAAAUCGUGUCCUUUAGAUACAGGUUUCUAAUGUAGACGUCCAUGUAUUCACCCAUCGGAAAGCCUCGACUGAUAUUAUUUGGAAGUAGCCCUGGUCAGUAUCUCGUCUGAACUUACACCACUCAGGGUCCAUUUGAAUCCAUUCGACGAAAGGGAAAUGGUCUUAGGGUCGGAGCAGGGAGGGAGAACCAUCCUGGGAUUUUUCAUCUGUUUCUUUUCCUCGUAUUAUUCUUUUUUUGUGUUCUA